AUGAACCCCCUGCUCCAGCAGCUCGACAGCGGUCAGAGGGCGCAGCUCGAUGCAUACCUGGACAUCCUCCUGGAAUGGAACCAGAACAUGAACCUCACAGGCCCGUGCACGCGCGAGGAGGCGCUGCAGCGCCACGUUGUGGAUAGCCUGGCCCUGCUGCCCAUCAUCGAGGCGCAUGCCCCUCUCUCCCCCCCCAGCUCCGGCCCGCUGACUCUCAUGGACGUGGGCUCCGGGGCCGGCUUCCCGGGCCUGGUCCUGGCCAUCGCGCGGCCCACCUGGCGCGCGGCAGGGCGCGACCCAGCCCUGCGCGACGCUUUCCAGGUGGUCACGGCGCGCGCAGUGGCGGAGAUGCGCGUGCUCGCGGAGCUGUGCCUCCCCUUCCUGGCGCCGGGCGGGCUCCUCGGCGCCCAGCUGAUCGGGGUGGAGGACGUGGCCUGCGCGGGGCAGCAGGGCCGGCGUACCGCGCUGACGGUGCGCAAGCUGGGGCCCACGCCGACCGGCUACCCGCGGGCUGUCGGGAGGCCUGCCAAGAGGCCGCUGGGGGGGUACAUAAAAAAGCCCAAGGCAGGAUAG